CGGACAGCCCUUCUUAUUCUUAGCAUGUCUCUCAGUUCUAUCACCAAUAUCAAUAUAUACAAACCAUUCCAUUUCCUUUAACUUCCACAAGAAAGCACCAAAAGAAAAGGUUCCAAGCAAUUAUAAUUAUAACACUCGAUACUACAAUUCGGUUACAGAGCUGACUGCAUUCAGUAGCAAUGGCUGUUUCAGAGAUGUUUCAAGGGGCGUCUUUGAUCCCAUCUUUUCUUUAUUCUCCUUCUUCAUUGUCAUCGAGGGGAUUGAUUGAUGGGGAGAGCUCUUUUCUGAUGUCUAGUGCUUCAUUUUCGCCCUCCAAUGUUUCAUCAGCAGCAGGAAAUAAAGAGAUUGUUAAGAGAGAAUUUGUGAUUCCAGCGCCUAAUGAGCCCGCUGAAAAGAUUAAGAUGUUUUCACCGGCUUAUUAUGCUGCUUGCGGGGUUGCUGGAGCGAUUAGUACUGGGCCAACUCAUUCGGCUGUCACCCCUAUUGAUCUGGUCAAGUGUAAUAUGCAGAUUGACCCUGCAAAGUACAAGGGCAUUACUUCUGGUUUCAGUGUUUUGCUCAAGGAGCAAGGCGUAAGAGGACUUUCUAGGGGUUGGGUACCAACCCUGCUUGGUUAUAGUGCUCAGGGAGCUUGCAAGUAUGGAUUCUAUGAAUUCUUUAAGAAAUACUACUCUGAUAUUGCUGGUCCUGAGUAUGCAGCCAAGUAUAAGACUUUGAUCUACCUCGCUGGCUCUGCAUCCGCUGAAUUCAUUGCUGUUGUUGCCCUUUGUCCCUUCGAAGCAGUUAAGGUUCGUGUCCAGACUCAACCUGGAUUCGCCAGAGGCAUAUCAGAUGGACUUCCCAAGUUUAUCAAGGCUGAAGGUCCACUUGGGCUUUACAAAGGGCUUGUUCCUCUAUGGGGACGACAAAUUCCAUACACAAUGAUGAAGUUUGGAUCUUUCGAGACCAUUGUGGAACUUGUGUACAAGUAUGCCGUUCCAACUCCUAAAGAGCAGUGUAGCAAACCUUUUCAGCUUGGAGUUAGCUUUGCAGGUGGUUAUGUCGCUGGCAUUUUCUGUGCUCUUGUCUCACAUCCUGCUGAUAACCUGGUCUCUUUCCUCAACAACGCCAAGGGGGCGACCGUGGCUGAUGCUGUAAAGAACCUAGGCUUGUGGGGUUUAUUUACUCGAGGCCUUCCUCUUCGUAUAUUCAUGAUCGGUACCCUUACUGGAGGACAAUGGGGAUUGUAUGAUUCUUGCAAGGUUGCUCUUGGAUUACCAACUACCGGUGGUGCUGCUCCUCCUGCACCAGCAGCAAGCUUGAGGGAUUCCCUGAUGAUCUGAGAACACAAGUUCCUUAUCUCUGUAGUCAGACAUUUUUUUGUAGGCCAUUCUUUUUAGGGAUAACAUUCAAAUUGAAAAGGUCAGAGCUGCCUUCCAGGUUGGCAUUUGAUCUUCUGGGAUUUGUAAUAUCUUCAAAGGCAUCAUUGUAUUUGCUAAAUCUGUAAUAAUAUGAAAACUAUGUAAUAAUAAGAGUAAACGUUGGAGGAAAAAAAAAAAAUUUUCGAGAAUUUUCUUUCGAAGUAACAAA